AUGAAUCCACGAGCUCCGCACUACAAAUUCCAAACGUCGACCUCGUCCGCCGGCAGCAAAACCAGGGAUCUCGAUAGUAUGUAUGGAAGCUUGAGUAACUCAUUCGUGCCCGCUUCUGUCCCCACUAUGAGCAAGGCGUUCCUGCCUGCUCACAGUCGUUCGCUUGUCAAGUACAAGUCUCAAAGCUCUGAUGAUGAUGUACUGAUCGAGCGCGCACGCGGCGAGCAACAAGAACAGCAUCAGCUGCAGAUGCACGCAAAGAUGAUCCGCCUGGAGGACCAAGUCAGUGACUUGAUGGAUCAACGCGCAGCCUUCGAGAAGAAACAGGCCGAGAGCGUCCAAGUCAUCAGGGAUCUCCAACGCGAUGUCGCCAGUCUCAAGACUCAAGGUCAACAACACCACGACAAGCUUGACGUCUGCAAGCGUGGUGUAGAUGACAACGCCAGAAACACCCAAGCCCUCGAGCAGCGCAUCAAGGCGAUCCCUGGAAGUUUGGAACCUCGUUUCCAGCACCAUGUCACACGUAUUGACAAGAUCGAGAGUCUUGUUCGCAGUGCUGCAACCCAAAAGAACGGCCACGAGCCCUCCGGAGGCAACAUCAGCAAGCUCGUGAUUACUCAGGACAAGCACGAAUCCUACCUCCAGACUAUCGGAGAAAAUCUGUUCGCUCAUCAGACCAGGAUGGAGACUGUCAACAGCGCCAUUGAUGGUCUUCGCUCUAAGGUCGAGGCACUGAAGACUGUCAAUUCUGGGCUUCGUGACAAUGAGAACUCAGCCCCCAAAGGCAGCCUCAUCAAGAUGGAUGCGACUACAGACGCAAUCUUCAAGCUUCAGACUAAGGUCGACCACCUGGCUGAGCAACUCCGCCACCACGGUAAUAGCGCAGGCAGUCCCAAGAGUGACACGUCCAGCACUGCCAACGAUGUGGAGAACCUUAUGAUCCAAAUGGACGAAGUGCGCCAGAAGAUGACACGUAUGGAGAGGAACUUGGGCAUGCAGUCCGAGAUGCAAGGCUUCAUGGACAAAAUCGCACUUGCACACAAACUUAGACUGGAGACAAUGUUCUACCAGCUGACCAAGGAAUACGAAGGCAGAUGUAACCCCGAAGAUGUUGAGUUCGGCCUGGAAGAUGACCAUCUCUUCAUGCUCAGACAGAGAAUUUUCGAGCGUUUGUCUGUCGAGGACGGAGUGCAGUGCGAGUUUGUGCGCCUCAAGGAAUCGCAGCAGAUGUAUUCUUAG